ACUACUAAGAAUUUUACCCGUCCUCUUUGCACUUCCUUCCAUACCUCAGAAUCGGUCUUCAAUAUUUCCUUCCACUCCAGUUUCUGUCCGUGUCUGGAUACUGUUCAGCUUAACUGCUCUGAGCCACAUAAGAAGCUGAAUGCAGAACAUGGAAAUUGAUGGUAUCGCCCCCUCAGUUGAUCAGUUUGUGGACAGUAUAAGAGAUCAGCUUAUCCAGCGUGUGUCUUUAGUAAUGCCAUUGGCUGAUGUGCUGAAGUCAAAGGAAAUGUUACAAAAGGAGGCAUAUGCAAUUAUUAAAGCAGAAAAGACCCCUCAGGACAAAAUGAGAGCACUGUAUGAUGCCUUGGACACCGAAGGACGUGCAGCAAAAGCUGCUUUUUACGAAGCGCUGAAGGACCAGAAUCCACAUCUCGUUAAGGAACUGGUGAAUGGAAUGCUGAGGUAACUGCGGUGACACUGCAGUGCGUGAAGGAGAAAACCAGCAACGAGACACACAAACAGCUGCAGAGAGGCAAUAUUUCUAUUUUUGUGUUAAAAUAAAUGCACGUCAAGAAACCAA